AGUGUAGUGUAGUGUAGUCGUGCAGACAAUUCGCGAGCUGCAUUAGUGAAGAAUUGCGAGUGAGUGAAUAUUUAUGUAUACGGCUUUUUCUGUGGAAGGUUUUGCCAUGCAGGAAUGAAGAAGAUAGCACAAUUUCUUCUUGACUUCUUUCUUCUUCUUCCGACGACGACGACGAAACUUCACGACACUCCGCGCGUCCCGAUCAUCAGCCCAAUUAAUCGGGUAGUUUAGUUUUGCGGGUGGUUGUAUGUGUGGAUUGUUCUUAGUCUGGAGUUUGUGGAGAGAGGAGGAAGGACGGACAGAAGUGGGUGUGGGUGGGAGGUGGUGGGGGGAGGAGGACAAGAAGUGGUCGAAGUUGGUAGUGGGUCAAGAAGAAGAUUGAGUGGAAAUUUUGAGAUGUUUUGUACUGAACUAAAUUAGUGUGUGGAAAAGUGUCGUGUUUUGUUUCUUCGAAUGUAAAUAAAUAAGUGUUGUUUAUUAUUGUGAUAAGUGACGAAUCUAGUUGUGAAGAUAAGGCCAAAGUUGGAAAAAUUUGGACCGGAUUUAUAUUACACACACAGGGGCCGGUCUUCGGAUAGUUGAUACAGAGAAGUGUCCUAAAUUAGGAGGAGGGACCAUGACGUGAAACGAAUCAAUGGAACCCAGAAGAUUGGCGGUGGAGCGGGUUCCGUGAUUUUUUUUGGAGGGGAGAGAGUGACUUACCGGUGUUGGAUUGAUAAGUGUGACAAGGUUUGUGUCCGUGUUCGUGACUGUGUGGGUGGGAGGGAGGGGGACGAUUGACUGACCGUGGUGGUCAGAAUGUCGGGUGAAACGCAGGUCGAAGUGCAACUCCAUCACGCCAUCGCGUCCCAUCCCGCGAUGAGUGACCCCAUGACGAAGUUAUCCUUAGGAGGGAAUGGUCUCCACUCCAGUGGCGGGUCUACUGGGGACGAUUCCAGCGGGGAGGAACCCACCCAUCGGCAUCAUCAUCACCAUCAUCAUGUCGUCCUUCCGAAAAAGAUUCGACUCAAGGAGCCCAAGAAUAUUUCGAUCAAGUCGACCUCGUCCCUGAUUUCGAUGAUUUGCCAGGCGGGCGGUGGGGGUGGGUCCAGCAGUGGAAGCAGCAGUCGGGACGAAAAUUUAAUGGAUGAUCAAAGCCCGGAUGGGGACGAUGACUGCAACUCGCUCAAAGACGGUGGUGGUGGGAGCGUCGGUGGUGGUGGUGAAAGAGGUGGCAUGACACAUUCCCUCACUUCUGGAGAGAACUCAGACGACGCGGAUGCCGAUGGAGAGGACCACGUAGGAUUUCAUUCCUCCAAGUCUGAGAAAAAUUGCAGGUUGCCGAUCGAAUGUGACGUGUGUAACAUGAGAUUUUCUAACGGGGCCAAUAUGCGGAGACACAGGAUGCGUCAUUCGGGUAUUAAACCGUUCGAGUGCAAGAUAUGUCAGAAGCGGUUUUUUAGGAAGGAUCACUUGGCCGAGCAUAUGGCCACGCACUCCAAGCUGUUGCCAUUCCGGUGUCCCAUAUGCAAUAAAGGAUUCCAGCGUCAAAUUGCGAUGCGAGCUCAUUUUCAAAAUGAACACGUUGGAGGUUCUCAAGACGUGGUGAAAGCGUGUCCAUUGUGUGCUUAUAAAGCAGGGUCCAUGAAAUCCUUGCGUGUUCAUUUCUACUCACGACACGGGAUUGACCUCGAUAACCCGAUGCCACACUCGCCCUCGAUGAAUAACAAUGGGCGUUCGACCGCGUCCCCGUCGGGGGGAAAUCCGCCGGGCGAGUACAGCGAGCUCGCCCACGCUUUGGGAUUUGAGGACCGUGGCGAAAAGAGUAACGACUCGACCAUGAUUCCCUCGCACUUUUUGGUCCCGCAAAUCGAAAUUUCUUCCAAUUCGCCGUAUCCGGCACACUUUCCGUUCAAUGCGGGAUCGAGCUAUAUUUUCUCUCGAGAGGAGAAACACAAUACUAAUGGCAACCGAAGUUCCACUCCGAUUUUACAAAACCAGAUUUCGCCACAUUCUGACUCCAACGUCCCAACGAGCUCUGACCUGGUAAAAAUUGUGGUAAAGAAGGAAACCACGACGGACGAUAGUUGCGCGGACCAAUCGGCCGGUUCUCAUUCCAGAGAUUAUUCCGACAGCAAUAAUGACGUGCAGGACAUGCCGGAAGAUUUGACGCUGUCCUCAAGCAACGGAAAUUCCUACAGAUCCCCGGAAGGUUCGCCGAAAUGCAGCUCUUCAUCCAAACUGUCGCCGUUGAAGUGUCUCCUCCGCGAGGACUGGAGACCACAGGAGACCGCACAAAAUGGAACCGGUGGCAGUGGUGGCGUUCCUACGGCUCCGAGAGAUCGAAGCGAUAGCAGCUCGGGACAUUCCAGCAACUCGAAUUUCCAAAAUCAGUCCUGCGAUGGAGAAGUGAUCACCUCCUCGAACGGUCAAACGCCCCCGGAAACGGCGGCGUCGCACUCGCUGUACGGUCGUCGCGGAAUCCCGUUCCCCGCCCUGCACCAAUGCGUUUACUGCGGCAUCAUCUUUCCCGACAAGACGCUCUACUUCCUGCACAAGGGCUGCCACUCGGAAAUGAACCCUUGGCGUUGCAACAUCUGCGGAGAGCUCUGCAACGACGUGUACGACUUUAAUUCCCAUCUGCUGAGCAAAUCUCAUCAGUAAAUUAUUCCACUAUUUAUUUAUUACUUAUUUAUUGUUGUUAUUUAUCACGUGUAAAUUAUUCCGCGUGUGUUUGUCACGUUAUUUAAAAUCAUUUUACAGCAAUCUCAUUAUUAUUUGAAAAAAGAGAACUAAGGAAUCCAUUAAUUUCUUAUCUGCCCGAUAAGCGUGGAGCGUAUUGGUAUCGAGAGAGAGAUAUUUGCCAUACCGUAAUUUAUUAUUAAAUAUGUAUGUACUGCCAUGACUUGAAAUUGCUAUUUUUUUCGAGUCCUCUCAGUCUCUGUCCAUUAAAAUUAACCAAAAAAGUAGUUAAUUAAUUGUUAUGAUUAAUUAUGUAUGUCGGUGAGGUGGGUGGGUGAGGGGUGGUCGUCCCGCUGUGAGAGAAUUCCGUUCUUCCAAAAACUUAUAAAUACAAAGAUGUGAAACAUUGUUGAGAAAAUAUUUAUUUAUAAAAAUCCAAUCCACCCGGUCAAAAUCGUGGAAUAGUUUUUCAUAAAAAUUUAUAAAAAUUGAAAUUAGUAUAUAUUUUAAUUUGACUAAUAAAUAGUGAGAAAAAUAUUGAUACCGAAAUUAAAUCGUCGUGCUACUUACAAAGUUUUGAAAUAAAUUGAAUUCUGAAUAAAUUUGA